AAUGGUAAUUAUAAUAGAUGGCGCUAAAGUGGGAUAUGUCAAAUUAAUGUUUAAUAAAACUUUAAAGUUAGGCUACCUGUUAAUAUCUCCUUCUUUAUAAAGUUGUGUUGUGUCUGUUUCGAUUAAUUUGGUGCUCUUAAAUUAACAGGAUAAGUUUUAGUUUCUUUAAAAUUUUCCUCUGAAAAAUUAACAUAACCUCAAGAUGAGUGAAAGGGUUGGUGACAUUGGAUUAAUUGGGUUGGCGGUAAUGGGCCAAAAUUUAAUUUUAAACAUCGCAGACCACGGUUUUAACGUAAUAGUUUAUAACAGAACCGUUGAAAAAGUCGACAAUUUUCUUGCCAAUGAAGCUAAAGGAAAAGAAUCCAUCAUUGGUGCAAGAAGCAUUCAAGAUUUAGCAGCGAAAUUAAAAAAACCACGCAGAGUUAUCUUAUUAGUCAAAGCCGGGUCGGCUGUAGAUGAUUUUAUCCAACAAUUACUUCUCCAUUUUGAAGCGGGCGAUAUCAUCAUUGACGGUGGAAAUUCCGAAUAUACUGAUACAAGAAGAAGAUUUGCUGAGUUAAAAGCUAAAGGGAUAAGAUAUAUUGGUUCAGGAGUUUCUGGAGGUGAAGAAGGUGCAAGAUAUGGGCCAAGUUUGAUGCCUGGAGGUGAUAAAGAAGCGUGGCCGUUUAUUAAAGAUAUAUUCCAAGCGGUUGCUGCAAAAGUUGAUGGAAACCCUUGUUGUGAAUGGGUUGGAAGCGACGGGGCUGGACAUUUCGUUAAAAUGGUUCAUAAUGGAAUUGAAUAUGGUGAUAUGCAACUUAUAGGGGAAAUUUAUCAUUUAAUGGUUGCGAUGGGAUUAAAUCAAGAUGAAAUGGCAGAUAUUUUCGCGGAUUGGAAUAAAGGGGAAUUGGACAGUUUUUUAAUUGAAAUCACCAGAGAUAUCUUAAGAUACAAAGACGAAAAAUCUGGUGAAUUUCUUUUGCCAAAAAUUAAAGAUUCUGCUGGACAAAAAGGAACUGGUAAAUGGACAGCAAUUUCCGCGUUAAAUUACGGCGUCCCCGUCACUCUAAUCGGCGAAGCAGUUUUUAGCAGAUGCCUUUCUGCAUUAAAAAAUGAAAGAGUUGAAGCAAGCAAGAUUUUACCUGGACCUGAAAAUAAAUUUGAUCGAAAUAAAACAGAUUUCAUUGAAGAUUUAAAACAAGCUCUUUAUGCAAGCAAAAUAGUUUCUUAUGCUCAAGGAUUCAUGUUGAUGCGAGAGGCGGCGUCCCAAUAUAAUUGGGAUUUAGAUUAUGGAAGUAUUGCGUUGAUGUGGCGAGGUGGUUGUAUUAUAAGAUCCGUUUUUCUUGGACAAAUUAAAUUGGCUUUCGAACAAGAUCCAAAAUUAAAAUCUUUAUUGAUGGCCCCCUUUUUUGUUGACGCAAUUAAAAAGGCUCAAAAAGGGUGGAGAAACGUCGUUAUUACAGCCGUUAAUUUAGGUGUACCAACUCCUGCAUUGAGCACCGCGUUAGCUUUUUAUGAUGGAUAUCGCGCCGAAAAAUUGCCAGCCAAUCUUUUACAAGCGCAAAGAGAUUACUUUGGGGCUCAUACAUAUGAGUUAUUAGGAGAAGAAGGAAAAUUUGUUCAUACAAAUUGGACUGGGCAUGGUGGAAAUGUUUCAGCUUCAACAUAUACAGCUUAAAUUGUAUGAUUUUAUAAUGGGUUGGGGUUAAAAUUUUGUAUUUAAAGUUAAUAAAAAAUCAAAAAAUAUCUAUAAUUUUAUACAAACGAAAA